AUGAAAAGAGAUAUGGAAAAUUUAUCAAACACCAUUGUCACGUCACUAAGUCGUGCUCAUUUAUCAACCUUGACUAAUUCAAACUAUGAAAACAGUGAUUAUGUCGUUUUCGGAAAACUGGGUGCAGAGAUUACCAACUCAAAUGUCAGAAAUAGAAUGUAUCAAAUACUAAAGCAACCAGACAUGAAGGUCUUAUAUCCUGACGCGGUAAACGAGUUCAAAGCUAGCUCGCGUUGGUUAUCAGGUUUUUUGUCUCGCAAAAAAUUAACCGUUCUACGUGAUCGACCAGUCUUUAAGAAAAGACCUGCGAAAUUUCCAACCGUAGACUCUAUUCUUAAAGAGAUUAAAGCGGAUGAUGCAAUGCAACGAUCAUCUCAAUCUCAAAAUGAAGUAUUUAAUAAUGAAUACAUGGUUAAGACAGAAGUGGAAGAUGAAGUUGAGAAAGAACCAAUAACCGAAAUUCAUGAAAUUUUUGAUAAAUAUACGUUUGUUGAGGCCGAUCCUUUAGCAGAAUCAUCGUCGUUUGUUUCUCAUACACAAAGUCACGUGCAACCUAUUAUUUUACGAUUCAAUUCAUUUGUCAACAAAUCAAGUUCAGACUAUAUUUAA